AUGCCUCAACUCAUCGUAGUGUCCAUUUCCUAUGCCUGGAAUGAAGUCUCUUUUCCGAAGGCAUAUCUCCGAAGGCAGUGUCUCGAGUUUCUUAAGCUCGGUUUGCAGGGUGUCAGCGUCAUAUCGGCUUCGGCAGACUGCGGUCCGGCGGGAACAGGAUGUUCUUGUCUUGACCCUUCUACUGGCCAAGCAUUGGGCCCGCUGUCGACAUAUGGCAAUUUCAACCCCGUAGUGCCAGCUUCGUGCCCAUACGUUACCUCUGUCGGUGGUACGCAAAUUCGCGCAAAUGGCUCUGUCUACGAUUCCGAGGUUGUCUUUCGUCAUUCCAGUGCCACACAUAUCAGCUCUUCUGGGGGCGGGUUUAGCAAUCUCUUUGACGCACCAGAAUAUCAGAAGGGCGCAAUUGAUCAUUACUUGCAACGCCCAGAUAUCAAUGAGCGCUUGCAGAACUUGACGGGGAAGUUCAAUCCACUGGGACGUGGGGUCCCCGAUGUAUCAUCCAACGCGGCUAAUUUCGUUGCCGCCAUCAACGGCCAAUUGAUUACUGUCUUUGGGACCUCCGCAUCAGCGCCAGUUUUUGCUUCUAUUCUCACGAAGAUCAACGAUGCGCGCCUACAUGUCGGGAAGAAACCCGUAGGCUUUGUCAAUCCGGUUCUCUAUUCUCAUGCAACAGUCAUGACAGAUAUUGUGGAGGGCUCGAACUAUGGCUGUGGUGUUGAAGGAUUCCACGCGGGACCAGGCUGGGACCCGGUCACCGGUUUGGGAACGCCUGAAUACAAGAAACUCCUCACUUUGUACUUAGAUUUACCUUGA